UUUGGGUAACUCCCCUGGUAGCCACACAACACAUAAGUAGGCAGUGCGAGAGAAAAACAGGUAGUGUGUUUAACUGGGCUCAGCAUACUGAAGACGACUUCAACACUGGUGUGAGAAACAAUAAAAUCUUUGAGACGAUGAAGCCUCUGGUGGUUUCCUCACAGCUUGGGAACAGCAGCAAUGAGUCUGGACCUUGCCUGGGGGAGACCCAGAACCUGUCCAUCACCGCUCUCCUGUGUCUGGUCUUCUUCCUGGGCUUCAUACUCAACACCUUCAGCCUUUGGGUGUUCUGGUGCCGGUUGCCAUGCUGGACCUCUGGAACCACCCUGCAGUUCAACCUGGCACUCAGUGACGCCAUCGCCACCCCAGUCACUCCCAUGAUGGCGGUGUACUUCGCCAUGGGCAACGACUGGCCCUUCGGUCGGUUCUUGUGCCAGGUCAAAAUCGCCCUGCUCAGUUCACAUUUCUACGGCAGCACCAUAUUCCUUACUCUCAUCAGCAUCCAUCGGUACACAGCCGUGGUGCAGUACAACAGAAGCUCCUGCAUGAAGCAGAAGGAGUUUGUCAGGAAGCUGUGUGCAGGGGUUUGGUCCCUGCUACUGAUCCAGGCUCUGAUCUGGGCUUUCAUGCUUCCUCCAAGUAAAGAGGGCAGUCACAGUCAAUGCCUCACCAUCCAUCAGAGCAACCUGACAGAUGCCUACUUCAUCAUUAACUUCAUCCUGUUCAUCUUUGGCUUUCUCCUCCCUUUCCUUGUGUCAGCUGUUUGCUAUGGUCGCUUGGCGAGCACCUUAACUCGCCUCAACAUCAGCACAGCGAAAGGCUUGAGGGUCAAGGUGAAGUCUCAGAGGAUGAUAGGCGUGUGUCUGGUGAUAUUUGCAUUGUGCUUUCUGCCUCUGAACGUGGUACGAACCGUGGGAGUGGUACUAAAAAAAUUCUACCCGCAACAGUGCCGUGCUCUUCUGAAGAUCGAGACGGCGUAUUAUGCAUCCUGGAUUUUAGCGGGAGUGAACAGCUGCCUGGAUCCACUGUUAUACUGUUUUGGGUCACAAAACUUUCGCGAUGCAUUCGGAUCUUUCAGGAUUAGGCAGGGAGACGUUCCGAACAGGAGCGACUCUGAAAUGACUGCAAAUCAGUAACAUGGAGUCAUGCACAAUAACCGAGUGGGACCGACAUUUUGGAGGCCCAGGAUUCAACGUUUGUGGAAAGUUUAGAUCGGUGAACUCUCUCUUAAAAUCCAUACAAUCUAAAUUCUUGGUCAGUACAAGCCUGGUGAAGAAUAUUUCCCUGUAGGUCUCUUAUUUAUUCUUUAUUUUUAAGUUUCACAAUAACAUUUAGUACUUUAGUUUUGCACAGUACUAAAAUGGAUAUCCCUACUCAGCUCCUAUCCCAACCCAAUAUAAUGCCAAAGUGUGUAAUAUACACGGCAACCAAAGCGUUCCAGAGUCACGUUUUGCCAUGCUUAGGCGUUGCAGUGUCACCUUUUGAACGCGUGCUCAUUCCGUGGUAAAGUUUGCAAUAAUAAAUAUGUAAUGUCUGGUUACACUUUCAAAAUAAAGCUUUCUGAGAAAAAAAACUACUUGGUUAGGUUCAGGAAAUGAUCCUACUUAACAAGUCAUCAUUGACUUUUGGUUCUCCUGAGUGAAAGUCCUUUGUUGUGUUUGUUUGAUCCAUCCAUCCAUCCAUAUAUCCAGACCUCCCUCCAAAUGCAGAUUUUGUCAGUCUUUAUACUGCUGCUGGUACAGCACCUUCAUACACGUGUACUUUUCUCGUCAAGGCAAGGCAAAACGUGACAAUGACACAGUAUCCGUGAGUCUAGUUUGACUUUUUGGCAAAUUUGACUUUGUUGCUGAGAAUUAAAUGAAAAGAUUGUAGCCCCUCUCGUAAAUGUGAAGCUACAGUCAGCAGCCUAAAGUGUGUCAUAAAGACUGUAAACAGCCUUGUCCUGGACAAAAGGUAAAUCCACUUACCAGCACCUCUAAAGCUAACUAAUUAACAUAGUAUAACUAUGAAAAGAGAAGAAUAAAAAACCUUUUCCUGGUGGUUUUAUGCAGAACUGUUUCUCAGGUACAGUCUCAUUCAGCUGACCAGCUGCUUGUUGUACAGACUUGAGAGUGUCUCAUUUCUCUCAACAAGAAAGCAAAUCGCCUCCAGAAUCUUUGGGAUAUUUUACAAUUAAAAAAUAGGUGAGAAAUUGUUUCUACACUACAAAAGGUACAAGAAAUAUUAAUGCCUGACAACACAAUUAGAAGGGUAUAUUUUGUGUAAUAUUUUGAAGUGUACUUCCUCAGCCUUAUAGGGUAAGAGCAACUUUAUGUCCUUAAUGUUCUCCAGAAAGGUUUGGCGGACAUGCUUAUUGUUCACUUUACAUGUUGUUAGUUAGCUGUAAGUGUUAGUCUUAUUACAUCCAAUAUCAAUAUAUAAGGCUGUGUUAUAUUAUUCUCACCAUAACAUGAGUACUUUAUUGAAACAAACAUACCACAAGUUUAAACAUUCUGUGUAUACAGCUUGAGUAUAAUCACAUAUAAGCCUCAGCUUAAGGGGACUAAGCUAAUUAAUAAUAAAACAUACAUUUAAAAAUAGCUUACAUUGGUUUGUAUGUAUUAACAGCUUGUUUGUACAUUCAGAUAUAGAAGAACUAUAGUUGGUAUGGACAUUGAGCUCUAUAUUUUGGCUGUAUGCUUAAAAUUUGGAUUUGUGAAUAUAUGAUUUGGUGAAUCA